AUGGGCGAUUUAAAUCCUUCCCAUGUGGUCGGGUAUGAGCAUCUGGAAGCUUAUUUGUUGGUGGGCCAGGACAGCUUUGCCCUGGUGGAAGGGCAGACAUUCCAUGUGGUUGUGCAAAUACCCAUGGGGUGUGACGUGCUCAUCGGAUUUGAUCAGUUGCGACACUCUGAGCGGGCACUGACGUGGGCAAAUAGCAGCAUGAUUGUGGUCCCGCAGUCGUUCAUUCGGUGGCAGUGGCUCAAGGAUACGAAUGUCCCUGUGCCGCCGCCGCCGUGGGUAAAGGCAAUACUGGGCCUGGGCAGGACUGGCUCUCUAGUGUGA